AGAAACCUUGAGGGUUAAAAACCCGCCGGAGAGUCCCACUCUCUCUUAACUUUUGAGAAGCAUUUUUCAUUGCUUCAGUGUAAAGACGAAUAAAUCUCUCACUGCACUUCCCUCGAGAGCUUAGAUCUCCGAUCUGGAGGCCUUUUGCGUCUCCUCUAGUGUUCAUCUUCUGACCUAAUAAUGUCGAUCUCCGCUCAAAAUCCGGAUAUUUCCGGCGAUAGACAAUCCGGCCAAGAUGUUCGUACUCAGAACGUGAUGGCUUGUCAAGCUGUUUCAAAUAUAGUUAAGACCUCACUUGGUCCCGUCGGACUCGACAAGAUGUUGGUGGAUGAUAUUGGUGAUGUGACCAUUACAAAUGAUGGUGCUACUAUUCUUAGGAUGUUAGAGGUCGAACACCCUGCUGCUAAGGUUCUUGUUGAGUUAGCUGAACUCCAGGACAGAGAAGUCGGUGAUGGGACUACAUCCGUUGUUAUUGUAGCUGCUGAGUUGCUCAAGAGGGCAAAUGAUUUGGUCAGGAACAAAAUACAUCCAACAUCAAUUAUCAGUGGAUACAGGCUAGCGAUGAGAGAAUCUUGCAAAUACAUAGAAGAGAAGCUAGUAACGAAGGUUGAAAAGCUUGGAAAAGUUCCAUUGAUAAACUGUGCUAAGACCAGCAUGUCCUCCAAACUGAUCUCUGGUGACAGCGACUUCUUUGCUAAUUUGGUUGUGGAUGCCGUUCUGUCAGUAAAGAUGACAAAUCAACGGGGAGAGAUAAAAUACCCUAUCAAGGGAAUCAAUAUUCUGAAAGCUCAUGGUCAAAGUGCAAGAGACAGCUAUUUGUUGAAUGGAUAUGCGCUCAAUACUGGUCGUGCUGCCCAAGGGAUGCCAUUACGAGUGUCCCCAGCAAAGAUUGCUUGCCUGGACUUCAAUCUACAGAAGACUAAAAUGCAGUUAGGUGUCCAAGUUGUUGUUAACGACCCACGAGAGCUUGAAAAAAUCCGUCAAAGAGAAGCUGACAUGACCAAAGAGCGAAUAGAGAAACUUCUUAAAGCUGGAGCGAAUGUAAUUCUUACCACGAAGGGGAUUGACGACAUGGCACUUAAAUAUUUUGUAGAGGCAGGAGCUAUUGCUGUUAGGCGUGUUCGCAAAGAAGACAUGCGCCAUGUUGCGAAGGCUACAGGAGCAACCCUGGUCACUACUUUUGCUGACAUGGAGGGCGAAGAAACAUUUGAUCCAGCACACCUUGGAUCUGCAGACGAGGUUGUGGAAGAGAGAAUCGCGGAUGAUGAUGUUAUAUUGAUUAAAGGAACCAAAACAAGCAGUGCGGUUUCGUUGAUCUUAAGAGGUGCAAAUGACUACAUGCUUGAUGAGAUGGAGAGAGCACUGCACGACUCUUUAUGUAUUGUCAAGAGGACCCUUGAGUCCAACACGGUGGUUGCGGGUGGAGGUGCAGUUGAAUCAGCAUUGUCUGUGUAUCUGGAGCACCUUGCUACAACCUUGGGCUCUCGCGAACAAUUAGCAAUUGCUGAAUUUGCUGAUGCUCUACUGAUUAUUCCAAAGGUUCUUGCUGUAAAUGCUGCUAAGGAUGCAACCGAGUUGGUAGCUAAACUUAGGGCGUACCACCACACUGCACAAAUAAAGGCUGAUAAGAAGCACUAUUCAAGCAUGGGACUUGAUCUCGUAAACGGAACCAUCCGUAACAAUUUGGAAGCAGGAGUAAUCGAACCGGCUAUGAGCAAAGUGAAAAUUAUUCAGUUUGCAACAGAGGCAGCCAUCACAAUUCUGCGAAUUGACGACAUGAUCAAACUGGUGAAGGAUGAGAGCCAAGGCGAAGAGUAAAUCACAGCUCAGCUCCUCUUUCUCAGUCUUGCCGUAUCCUUAGUGUGUUUUUGUUCGCAUUUCAUCACUCACCACCUUUCCUUAGCUUUUUUCUUUGCGUUGUAACAAUAUUAGCCUCUGAAACAGUAGUGUCUGUUUUUUUCCAACUCUCGCGUUUCUUACUCGCUUUUCACUUAAAAAGAAAUUUUUGCUUUUCUUCGCAUAAUUCAUGUAAUGAAGCUUUUGCACUUUUGUUACCUAAACAAUAUGGAAUCAUUUGUUUCUGCC